UCAUGGAUGGAUCACGGACACUCUUCCUGACUCCAGUGAUCAAUCCUGUUAUCGAUCAUUAUAUUCGUGACGUCAGUGAUCGAGGAAUGAUGGUGCAGUCGUGUUCGGCGUACGGAUGUAAGAACAGAUAUCAUAAAGAUCAAAACAUCUCCUUUCACAAGUUUCCGUUGGCCAGACCAGAUGUUUGUGGGAAAUGGGUCGCCGCCAUUAAGAGAAGAAACUUCAAACCCACCAAAUACAGCAACAUCUGCUCACAACACUUCCCCAAAGACUGUUUCAAACGAGAAUGCAACAACCGUGUGUUGAAGGACAACGCCGUGCCGUCACUCUUCAGCCAGUUACAGAUGGAGGAAGAAUCUCUGGAGUCUGAAGUUUCUCCACACCUUCAUCUCUCCGACGCUGAAGAGAAGACGCCAGUGUCUGUCCCCGUAUCCGUCUCAGAGGAGCCGCAUCUGGAACACCGCAGAACCUUCAUCUGCUGUGACCACAACUACACGGUGGAGGACAACAGCCCGCCCAAGAGACGCAUGGAGCAGCUGGAGGAAGAGCUGAAGAAACUGCGCAAGAAACUGAAGACGGUGCAGCAGAAAUGUCGUCGUCAGGAUAGACAACUGGAGCGUUUCAAAGCCACGAGUGAUUUGCAGAAGGAUGUUUCUCAGCACCUGCCGCUCUCUGACAUUCAAGAGAAACCGGUGGACAUCUCCCCCUCAUCCACUCUUCCACCUGUAUCCACCACACAGGAGCUAAACCCAGACCACCAGAGCGCCUUCGUCUGCUGUGACCACAACUACACGGUGGAGGACGGCGUCCAGCAGAAGAGACGGAUGGAGCAGCUGGAGGAACAGCUGAAGAAACUGCUCAAGAAACUCCAGAUGGUGCAGCAGAAAUGUCACUGUCAAGAGAGACAACUGGAACUCUUCAAAGCCACGAGUGACUUCCAGAAGGACGUGUCGUUUGGAGAAAGUUACGUGAUCUUACCUAAAGAGAUUUACUACGUGCUGAAGAGAAUCGAGAGCAUUGGAGCGUUGUGAAGAGAGUCAAUCAUGAGUCCAGUGUGUGAAACGUCACAUUGUGUUGUUUUGAUUCGACUGCAGGUGAAAAACAUCAAAUGUUUUAGAGAUGCUUUAUUAUAGAGUUUAUGUUUAUUAUAGAGUUUCAUGUUUGCUCACCUGGUCUGGAUGAGAGAUGCACAAUAUAUCAGUGACCAUAUAGAUAUCAGAUAUCAUAUUUAGCAUGUUUUUAAUUGGGAUAAUAAUGGAAACGGAAAAUAACAGACCUUCAUUUUUCCAAUUCAAACAGUUUUCUCAGAAUUCAUAUUUUUCCUACUAUAAUUAUAAUGUUCUGAUGCCUGAUUGCACUUGCUGUAAACAGUAUUUUUGGUUUAAAUACAUGAAUAAUGUGCAUCACAAUCUGUUAUUAUCAUUUCUGUGUGACAUUGUGCAGAAUCUAUUCAUCUCAAAUAGAGAAAAGUCAAGCUUUAAUAUUAUCUAUGAAAUACUGCUGGAGAUAAAGUUAAAAACAAAUCCUUAAAUACUUUUAAACGUGAGAUGAUGCCCGAUGUACGAGGCAUAACUUGACAAACACUGAGGAAUAAUUCGGCCUGUAGUUUCACUAUAGCGGAGAACGCUUGCAUAUGAACAACACUUUAGAAAAGAUUGCACAUGUCUGCAGAUAAAGUUUGUUUCAUUUAAAUGUGUCAAAUGUUGAUUUUGUGUUGUUUAACUCAUUGAAGCGUCUCAUGUGAUCUCGUCUCAAAGAGGUCAAUGGAUUAAAACCAAACGUUUGAUAUCAAAGGGCUGAUGUGCUGAAUAUGCUGAUUUAUUUAUUGUUCACUAAACAGGAAUAAUUGUUGAAUCUUUGAAAGCCAUAUAUGGAAUAAACUUGAU